AUGAUUGCCAUGUCCCCUACUGUGUCCCUGAAAGGCUCCAUCAAAUUCUCCAUGAAAAAAAUGCUGGCUGGCGGUGAAAUGUCCUCGUCAACGUUCACUGGACCUGGUGAACUACUACUGGCGCCCUCAAUGCUGGGUGAUAUCUCUAUUCUGAGGCUUAACGGACAAGAACAAUGGUCGGUCGGUAAAGACGCAUUCCUUGCAUGCACUCAAGGGGUAGUCAAGGACUAUAAAAAUCAGGGCCUCAGCAAAGCGUUCUUCUCCGGAGAGGGCCUGUUUGUCUAUAAGAUAAGCGGAACCGGAAUACUCUUUGUCCAGAGUUUCGGCGCGAUCAUAAGAAAAGAUCUGGUCGAUGGCGAAAAGUACAUUGUUGACAACGGCCAUCUUGUAUCGUGGAACUGCAAGUAUGUUAUGGAACGCGUCGCUUCUGGUGGGGUAUUGUCCAAUCUCAGCUCUGGAGAAGGUCUCGUUUGCAAAUUCACCGGCCCUGGAACGAUCUACCUACAAACGAGAAAUCCCUCUGCUUUUGCUUCUUGGAUGGUUGCGAACGGUGCUGCUGGUGGUGGCGGUGCCUGA